CCAAAUUACUACAAGACUUGACCUCCCUGGACCCAGCUGUAAAGGAAGAAGCCAUUGCUGAAACAGAGAAAAGGCUCCAUGAUGAAGAAACUAGCCAGGAGGAAGAAAGCAAGACUACAGUGAACAGAACAGUCAUAAACACCAGUGCUUCUGACGUUGCAAAUGCAGAGACAGUGAAUGCAGAUGCCUUUCUGGCAGUGUUGGAAAAGGAUGCAAAAGAACGAGCUGAACGAAGGAAGAGAAAUGAACACCUAGCAAAUGCUCUGAAGGAGAAGGGAAAUGUUGCCUUCAGGGAAGGAGACUAUGCCACAGCCAUUCAGAGAUACACUGAAGGUCUGGAAAAACUGAGAGAUAAGCAGGAACUUUACACAAACAGAGCACAGGCCUACCUGAAGAUUCAUGAGUAUGAAAAAGCCCUCAGAGACUGUGAAUGGGCAUUAAAGUGCAAUGAGAAAUUUGUUAAAGCCUAUUUCCUAAUGGGGAAAGCUCACCUGGCACUUAAGCACUACAGUGAGUCCAGGCAGUGUUAUGAGAAGAUCUUAGAAAUUGAUCCCCAAAAGGAAACCUUAUUUAAAGAUUGUAUGCAUGAAGUAAACUCAGAGGAAAAAAGAAUGAAAGAUGAAGAGAGAGCAAUGAAGGAAUUUCAAUCUGGAAAGCUUGCUGCACUGUCCAUCAAAGAACUGCUGCAAAAACUUCAUAGACCUGACCAGAGUGUCCUUUACUACACAGGAGCCAUCAGACUUUUGACAGGAGCUGUAAAAGACUGCACUGAGCAAACUUUAUUUAGAACAAACAAUGGAUUCAGUAUCCUCAAAGACAACGAGGUUAUAAGGCGGGCCUUCUGUGCGGAGAGAAAAAACACUGCUGAAGUGGAUCUGUCUGUUUCUCUUCUCUUCCUCUGGCAAGCUGUCUGUACUGGGAAUGAAGAAAAUCUGCGUCUUCUAUUGACUGAGUCUGGUAUGAAUGCACACCUGCCAAAGCUGCUUUCCUCUGGGGUACCAGAGAUCCAAAAGGAGACAUUGGCUCUGAUUUCUCUUUACUCGGAGAGUGAGAAUGGGAGGAGACUGCUGGUCAGGCACCAGGACUUAAGCAAAUGGCUGCAGAUUUUGAUGACAUUUGUCAGCAGCACUGAUGGCAGGGCUACCAUUGCCAUGAAUGUACUGUCUGAUUUAACUGAAGAAGAAAGGUUCAAAACCCAGUGUCGUGUCACGCUCUCCACAGAUGUUAUACCUUUAUUCACCCAGUUGCUG